GGCUGAAAUAAAAGACGUAGGACUGUUUUCAAAACGAAAGUAAAAUGUUUUUUGGGAUCCGUUUUGCGUCGACAGAAAGAGUUUAAAGGCCGUCUUUUAAGUCUGGCUGAACUGUGACUCUCCUGGUGCUGCCCUUGAGGAGAACUACUGCCUCUAAAUGAGUCUGUCUGGGGAGAUAGAGGAAGGGGGCCCUGCCUCUAAAAUGAGUCUCUCUGGGGAGAUAGAGGAAGGGGGCCCUGCCUCUAAAAUGAGUCUCUCUGGGGAGACUGAAGACACAGUCAAAAGGAUCAAGCAUCAGAGACCAGCCUCACCUGUACCCAGCUGUGAGUCCAUGAAGAGUGACAGGUCUAUGCCUCGCUCAAUCGACUUCAGAGAAGGAGAUCUUACCACUGAGUCAGGGAUCAAGCAUCAGAGAACAGCCUCACCUGUACCCAGCUGUGUGUCCAUGAAGAGUGACAGGUCUAUGCCUCGCUCAAUCGACUUCAGAGAAGGAGAUCUUACCACUGAGUCAGGGAUCAAGCAUCAGAGAACAGCCUCACCUGUACCCAGCUGUGUGUCCAUGAAGAGUGACAGGUCUAUGCCUCGCUCAAUCGACUUCAGAGAAGGAGAUCUUACCACUGAGUCAGGGAUCAAGCAUCAGAGAACAGCCUCACCUGUACCCAGCUGUGUGUCCAUGAAGAGUGACAGGUCUAUGCCACGUCAUAUCAACUUCAGAGAAGGAGAUCUUACCACUGAGUCAGGUCUGCAGCCACCUGGACAACAGGACAUUCAAAGAAACACUGACACCAUUGUAAGUGGACUCCAAAGAAUGUUAGGGAUUCAUAAAGCCAAUAUGAACAGGAGGUUUGAACAUGUGAUUGAAGGCAUCAUGACGUCAGAGAAUGCCAUCCUCCUCACCAGUAUCUACACUGAGCUGUACAUCACAGAGGGAGACAGUGAAGGGGUUAAUAAUGAACAUGAGGUCUGGCAGCUUGAGACAGCAUCCAGGAUACGAAUCACACACGACACGCCCAUCAACUGCAAUGACAUCUUCCAGCUCCUACCUGGCCAAGAGAGACUCGUCAGAACUGUGCUGACGAAGGGCAUCGCUGGCAUCGGAAAAACCGUCUCUGUGCAGAAGUUCCUCCUAGACUGGGCUGAAGGGAAGGCAAAUCAUGAGGUGGAUGUGAUGUUUGUGCUUCCUUUCCGGGAGCUGAAUCUGAUCAAAGAUGUCCAGUACAGUCUCCUUCAACUGCUGAGAGAUUUCCACCCAGAACUUGACAUGGAGGAUGGAGAGAUCCUCACUGUCCCUAAAGCCAUGUUCAUCUUUGAUGGUCUGGAUGAGAGCCGACUCCCUCUAGACUUCAGAAGAAACCAGAGCUGGUGUGAUGUCACUGAGUCCACCUCAGUGGAUGUGCUGCUGACCAACCUGAUCAAAGGAAACCUGCUUCCCUCUGCUCUCAUCUGGAUAACCACUCGACCUGCAGCAGCCAAUCAGAUCCCUUCUGAGUGUGUUCACCUGGUGACAGAGGUACAAGGGUUUAAUGACGCUCAGAAGGAGGAGUACAUCAUGAAGAGAUGCAGUGAUGAGAGCCUGGCCAGGAGAAUCAUCUCACACAUCAAGACAUCAAGGACCCUCUACAUCAUGUGCCACAUUCCAGUCUUCUCGAGCAUGUGUGUGACAGUCCUGGAGCACAUGUUGAGAACAGAUAGCACAGGAGAGAUGCCCCAGACCCUGACUGAGAUGUACACACACUUCCUGCUCAUUCAGACCAAGAUGAAGAACCAGAAGUAUCAAGAAGGAAACGGAACAGAUGAAGAGGAGCUCUUGAGGUCCGACCAGGAAGUUCUCCUGAAGCUGGGGAAGCUGGCGUUUGAACAUCUGGAGAAAGGCAACCUGCUGUUCUACCAGGAAGACCUGGAAGAGUGCGGCCUCCAUGUCCAAGAAACAUCGGUGUACUCUGGAGUGUGCACGGCCAUCUUCAAAGAAGAGUCAGUGCUUUUUCAGAGGAUGGUGUACUGCUUUGUGCACCUCAGCGUUCAGGAGUUUCUCUCAGCAGUCUACAUGUUACAUUGUUACGCAACCAACAACAUGGAAGCACUGAGGCCAUUCGCACUGAGGCCGUUCCUACGAGGGAAGAAUCUAUCUUUGGAAGACCUGCUGAAGGGGGCAGUAUACAAAGCUUUGAAGAGUAAGAAUGGACACCUGGACCUCUUCGUCCGCUUCCUCCAUGGCCUCUCACUGGAGUCCAAUCAGAAGCUGUUAGGAGGCCUGCUGACUCAGACCCAGAGGAGUCCAGAGAGCCUGCAGAAGACAAUCAGAUCCCUCAAGGAGAUGCAGACGGAGGACAUCCCCCCAGAGAGGUGCCUCAAUCUCUUCCACUGCUUGAUAGAGAUGAAAGACCAUUCAGUACAGCAGGAGGUCCAAGCAUACUUGAAGGAGAAGAAAUCAUCCAAGGCCCUGUCUGUAACCCACUGCUCAGCACUGGCCUACAUGCUGCAGAUGUCAGAGGAGGUUCUGGAGGAGUUUGACCUGCAGAAGUACAACACAUCAGAGGAGGGGUGCAGGAGGCUGCUCCCAGCUGUGAAGAUCUGCAGAAAAGCUGUACUCUCUAGAUGUAAACUCACUGAUGCAUCAUGGGAAGUGGUGUUCUCAGCCCUCACCUCUAACCCCUCCCAUCUGAGAGAGCUGGACCUGAGAGACACUGGCCUGCAGGAUCGAGAAGUGAAGCUGCUCUCUGCUGCACUGGAGAAUCCAAACUGCAAACUGGAGACUCUGAGGUUGCCAGCCCUUCACCUCACAGAGGAAGGCUGUGCUUCUCUGGCUUCAGCUCUGAAGUCAAACCCCUCCCUUCUGAGAGAUCUGGAUCUGAGCAACAGUGACCUGAGGGAUUCAGGCAUGAAGCUGCUCUCUGCUGUACUGGAGGAUCCACUCUGCAAACUGGAGACUCUGAAGUUGUCAGACUGUCACAUCACAGAGGAAGGCUGUGCUUCUCUGGCUUCAGCUCUGAAGUCAAACCCCUCCCUUCUGAGAGAUCUGGAUCUAAGCAACAGUGACCUGAGGGAUUCAGGCAUGAAGCUGCUCUCUGCUGUACUGGAGGAUCCACUCUGCAAACUGGAGACACUGAGGUUGUCAGACUGUCACCUCACAGAGGAAGGCUGUGCUUCUCUGGCUUCAGCUCUGAAGUCAAACCCCUCCCUUCUGAGAUAUCUGGAUCUAAGCAACAGUGACCUGAGGGAUUCAGGCAUGAAGCUGCUCUCUGCUGUACUGGAGGAUCCACUCUGCAAACUGGAGACUCUGAAGCUGUCAGGCUGUCUGGUCACAGAGGAAGGCUGUGCUUCUCUGGCCGCAGCUCUGAGGUCCAACCCCUUCCAUCUGAGGGAACUGGACCUGAGCUACAAUCAUCCAGGAGAAAAAGGAUUGAAGCUGCUCUCUGCUGGACUGGAGGAUCCUCACUGCAGACUGGAGAAACUCAAUGUGGAUCAUGGUGGAGAGUGUAGGAUCAAACCUGACCGUAGGAAAUAUGCCUGUGAGCUCACAAUGGACCCAAACACAGCACAUAGAAACCUCUCUCUGUCUGAGGUGAAGAGAAAGGUGACAAGGACGAGAGAGCAGCAGCCGUAUCCUGAUCACCCAGAGAGAUUUGACUACUGGGACCAGGCGUUGUGUAGAGAGGGUCUGUCUGGGCGCUGUUACUGGGAGGCAGAGUGGAGUGGAGGAGGAGGGGUUUAUAUAGCAGUGACACAUAAAGGAAUCAGCAGGAGAGGAUGGAGUGAUGACUGUAAGCUUGGAUACAAUAACAAGUCCUGGAGUCUGUUCUGUCGUGAUAACAGUUACUCUGCCAGGCACAAUAAGAAGAGCACUGACAUACCUGUCCCACCCUCCAGAUCCCACAGAGUAGGAGUGUAUCUGGACUGGCCAGCCGGCACUCUGUCCUUCUACACAGUCUCCUCUGACACACUGACCCACCUGCACACAUUCCACAGCACAUUCACUGAGCCACUCUAUCCUGGGUUCAAGUUUGGAUUAGAAUCCUCAGUGUCCCUGUGUCAGGUAGAAUAGCCCACACAUACUCUCACACACUGUGCUCACAUAGAUGUCAUUGAAGAUUGAACUGUAUACAGUUGUAAUUGAUAUCCCAGAGUGUUUGUAAAUAUUGGUGUGUUGAAUGUUUGUUUUGUUUUGAUAGUUGACAAACAACAAUCCUGUCUUUGAUCUCAGUUCCACUGAAUGUGAUCAACUAAAUAGUGUCUUACUGACUAAAUUAGGAAAAAAAAGAUGUU